UCCUCCUCACCCCUUAGUUUCCCGCGUUCCAAUUUUGCAGACACUUUUCGACCCGCGCCGAAACAGGCUGCGUUCGAACGAAACGUUAUUAAGCGUCCAUCCGAAAAUGAGUUUUUAGAAAGUAAUCAUCGACGUCGGUGUGAUGUGGUGGGUCGAAGAUGCAACGUUCUCGCACAAAGCUUUCUCUCUGCGUUUGUCGACGCACGUUUUUAUAAAGUGCCGACCGUAACCGAAAAGGAAAAGCUAAGUUGGUCUGGCGCCUCUCGCAACAACUACACCAUCCCAGACACUUGGUUUUUUAAAGUGGACGCAACGCUGCACGAAUUUAAUGUAUUUUUUUCUACCCUCUUGCGCAUUUUGUCGGGAAGUAUGAGCAUUGUGUCAACUUUAUCAGCGUUCUCUUAAGAGCAAAAGGUGAAAUUGCAUACAUUACUUCGGUGAUCCCAUUGCAACUGCCAGUAGUGAAAAUUAUUGCGUUUUUGUGGAGACUUAAAUUCUUUGUAAAAUAUCGGCGCAUUUGUUAUGAAAAGCCGCCCUGGCAUGGAAAAUAAGGUAACACCAGAAAAUGGUGUGAAAUCUUCUGCCGGAGUGCGAAUUGUACGAGAAAAACAAGAUGGUGAAGAUACAGAUGAUGAUGAUGAUGAAGAUAGGGAUGAACCGGCCACAGUGACAACAUCAGUUGCUGACUCUUGUUCUGCCUCUCAUGAGUUUCAAUGGUUAAGUCCUGGAUCCCAGGGCAUGACCUAUGCCCAUCUUGAAAAAGUUAAUGAAGCUACAGCUUUUGCAGAAAUGCAGUCAGAGAGACAACCAUCUAUAACUGUUGAAGAAUCUGGAACUGCAUCUUGUCAAGUUUCACCUGCUAGGUCAUCUCACCAUCGGACACAUAAAUCUCCUGCUCAUGUGUGGCCUCGUAGAUCCACUGAUAUUGGAGAACAUAUACAACUGUCGCCUAGCCCUUGCCAUGAAUUACAUGGAUGUCGCCGCCACUUGUCUCCAAUGCGCUCCUCUUGGUGUUGCCCUUCUCCACCACCACAUGCUUUGUGCUUACAUCACCAUGGAGGGAGUAUUCUUUCAAGCCUGGAACUUCUUCCUUAUAGCAGGGAUUGUUAUGGAACUGAGAUGUCAUUGUGGCCUUACCAUAAUUGUUCAUGCCUUCCUCCAACUGGCUUACCAUCAUCUCGCUAUCAAGAAACUCAUACGUCAUGCCGUAAUGCUUCCCCACAUCAUGAGAUCCUCAGGAGGGAGUCUUCCUCACCCUGUGCAAUGCACAGGCCUUGUCAAGGCUUAGGGGGAUCUCGCAGAUCACGCUCUUCUAACUCUAAAAAAAGAGAUUGCUCUCCAUCUGCAAUGUCCCCUCGAUAUUCUCCUGUUCAGGGUGAACAGAUUACAUCUGUUCGACAUUUAAGUCAUGAUCAGUGGCAGGUGCCUGUUCAUUCUGAAGAUAUUGGUAGUUUACAGAAAGUGCAGGAAUUAGAAAGUGAUAAAAAAAGUUUGCUUUUACAGGCAAGUGUAUUAGCAGAUCAAGUUGAAGCCCAGGCUGAUAAAAUUAGUGAAUUAGAAAGGCUAUUAGAUCAAAAGAAGGAGGAAUUAAUUCAUCUUGAACAAAGUUUGCAUCAGGAAAUGCUAGCUCGUUCUGCUGUUGAAAGUAGUAAGUUAGAACUGAUGGCCGAGCUUUCAAACCUCAGGUUACGUCUGACUGCAUCAGAGCGAGAUAAGAAAGAAAAUGAAGUCAAAUGCCGAAAACUAGAAAGCGAACUUCAUUUGCUUCAAGCUCGGCUUUUUGAGCAAGAAGCUGAACAUGCAGCUUUACGUGGCAAGUUAUCUCAAAGCGGGAUGCCUAUGUUAUCUGGUAAUCAAAGUAUUGAAGUAGAAAAGUUAAAGUCUGUCUUAGAUUCUGUCGUCUCUAGUGAUGAAAAGGACCAAAAAAUCGAAGAUCUACGAUCUUCCUUAAACAAGUACAAAAAACUGCAAGAUAUUGUACACUCAAAUCAUUCUAAGAAAAUGGCUGAUAAUUCUGGUAGUGCUCAUUUGUACGAAGAUGAUUUCAUGUCAUCAUCAUCCAUUAGUUGUGAUGCCAAAAAAUUUCAGAGGGAUCUAUCCAAUAUGAACACACCUCAAGUGCCAAUGAGUUUAGCUUCUACAUCUUCCAUACCUUCCAAAUUUGAUCACUCUGUACAUUGCUACUAUAGCACCAAUUUAAUUAAAACAUUACCAAGUUCUUCCACUUUUACAUCUCCAUUCCACAAGUCUAACAGUGUAGAAAAUAUCUGUCCUGCUUCUUCACAGUUACAUGCUUAUUCUUCCAAAAGUCAGUAUGGUACAAUGCCUCGUCAGUCUGGUUCUGAGGUUUUGCAGCAACUUCAAGUGUCCUUAUGCGAAAAUGAAGCAGAAGCUAACGAAAGAUUACCCAUGGUAGAAAAAUCUGAAUUUCCAGCAAAUAUGAAUAUCAUGAAGAUGCAUAAUAAGAGCACUAAAGGAACUGGUGGCAAGAGUUCUGGGGUGUCUUUUGGUAAAGGCUUUUUUAAAUUAAGAUCUGGAAAACGAAGUUCAAGUGAACCACAUCUAGCUCAAGAAUGUAUUGCUAUUCCUCCAGGAGACAAAGAAAAUACUGACAAUUCUGUGCUGCUUCCAACCCAGCCUUUUAUUAUCAAAUCAGACAAAGAAAAAAAUAAGGGAUUCCUGAAGUUUUUUUCAAAAUGGAAACGUAGUGGAUCACAAAAUAUUGACAGAAUUGAUGGAGAUUUCAAGAGAGGGGGAGUAAGAGCAACUGCUGGGCCUCGACUAGGAUGGUCUAGAGAUCUGCCAAAUGAUCCAGACAUUCCGUUUAAUCGAUGGAGUGCGGAUAUGAUAGUCGAAUGGUUGCAUAGGUUGGGUUUAAGUAUGUACAUAAGUGAAUGCAAAAGGUGGAUGUGUAAUGGAGAGAUGCUUAUAAAAGCUACAGCUUCCGACCUUGAAAAAGAACUGAAUAUGAAAAAUCCUUUACAUAAAAAGAAAUUAUUAUUAGCCAUUAAAAGUUCUGGUUUGUCAAAUUUGCCAUCAGCAAUUAAUGCUCUAGACUAUCACUGGGUAGUUCGUUGGCUGGAUGAUGUGGGCCUUCCACAGUACAAAGAUGCUUUUACUGAGGCAAGGGUUGAUGGUCGUGUUUUGCAUUGCAUUACAGUUGAUGACUUAAUGUUUUUGAAAGUAACUAGCCAGUUGCAUCAUAUAAGUAUCAGAUGUGGAAUUCAGCUAUUGAGAGAGAAAGGUUUUGAUCCACACUGUUUAAUACGACGCUCUCUUCCAGAUGAGAGUAAAGUGUAUACUCCUGAGCUUGUUGCCUUGUGGAGCAAUCAUCGAGUUAUGGAAUGGCUGCGCACAGUUGACUUAUCAGAAUAUGCUCCAAACUUAAGAGGCAGUGGUGUUCAUGGUGCACUCAUUGUUUAUGAACCAAAAUUCAACACAAAUUUAUUUGCUACUCUUCUUAACAUUCCACCUACAAAAACGCUACUUAGGCGGCACCUUGCUACGCAUUUCAAGCAUAUCGUGGGUGAUGACUUGAUGCAGGUGAAAAGAGAAAAGGAGACUGAAACUCCACUCUCACCUAGUGUGAAAAUUAAGGUUAUGCGAAAAACACAGUUUGCCUUAAAGAAAAAGCGCAAUAAAACUGAUUUUGAAAAUGAAGACUAUGUUUGUCCAUUGGAUAUUCCUGUUGCUACUGAUGCUCCAAAGCUUUCAGAUGGUGACAAAUUAGUCGUAAGAAGGAAUAGCGACCCUUCUCCUCAUGAGCAGAAACAUUUAGAUUUAAAGGAAGAAACAGUGGAAAGAAUAGGAGCUGUCUCAAAAGAGAUUUCUUCUCUUACAACAAUUUUGCAAGGUGAAAAUUUAAAUGAAGCUCCCACAACAAUUGUUUAAUGAUAGAUUGUGCCUUUAUACUAUCACUAUAAAGCAAAUGCAAAAGCUAUUCCUUCGUUCUUCCUUGUGAUAUGCUAGGAAUGAUGAGCAGCUAUUAGUUCUCAUAUGUGAAAACUUUAGUAUUAAUGCUACAUUUCUGUGUACUUUUUACACUGAAUUUCAAUGACAGCUUAACCAGAAAAGUGCAAUUUUAUCUAUAUUUUAAAUACACAUUUGAAAUAUUUCAAAUCAGUAUUAAUUUUUAUACUAUAAUAUCUGCCUUAAUAUUUUAACUAGUAAAAAUUAUGUAUAUUGUAAUUGUUUAUUGUGUGUGUGAAUUUAUUAUGGUUAUGUUUUAUUGUAAUACUCACAGAAUUUGUAGGAAACUUAAUUAAAUUGGUGCACAUAUAAAAGUGAUUGUAUAAGUUUUUUCGUAUAUAUGCAGUUGAUUAUUAUUAUUUUUUUUGGGGGGGGAUUAAAUUUCAGUUACAUUGAAUUAUGUAGUUUUUGGAAAGGUAUUAAACUGCUAUUUUUCUACUUAAAGUGAAUUGCAGUCUUAUGAAAAAUGAACUGAAAUCCUUAGUACAGAUUUUCAGCUAUACAGUGGCAUAGCUUGUAGGGGGCAGCUUUUUCCAUGUGUAAUAUCAUUGUUUGAGCAGGUGAAAAAUAAAAUGAUUCUGAAUUGUGAUAUGGAAUUGAGAAGUAAAAUAGAAAAUAGUUUUUACACCAGCUAUAGUAUUCAAAGAAAUUAAUAGGAGAUUUCAAGAGCUUUGGUCUCAUUAUACCUUCUUUACUCCAUUAAAGUUUUUUAAGUAAAAUACAAAUAUAAACUAAAUUAUGAAUUUGGUAACAUUAACAAAGAAAAAUAUCUUGCUAAGAUAAAAAUAUUUCAAAGUUUUAUAUUCAGUAUUUCUAAAGGAAAUGAAACAAGUGUGGAAGGGUGUUCUUUUGAACUUUUGCAUUGAAACAAGCAAAAUAGUAAUAUAAUUUUAAAAUGUUGGAAUUAAACUUUUACAUAAAAAAUGAACUUAAAGCUGUAAUUUAUUUUUCUCUAUAUUCACAUUUGUUAGUUAUUUACUUAUGUAUUGAGAGGGGGGACAAACUUAGAUUUCAAUCUGGGUAGCAAGCUCUUGUGGCUAUGCCACUGUGCCAUAAUGAUGAUAUAUUUGUUUCAAUAUUUACGUUUUUAGUAUGAAUCCUGCCUUUUAGCAGUUGUGAAAGCAAUAUCUCUGAUUAAAGCAGUAUUGUCAGUACUAUGUUAGAAUCUAAAAUGAAAUCAUUUAUAUGACAGAACAAUUAAGUUAUUAAUUUUGGGCCUGAAAUAAAAAUUGAAAAGUGCUGUAUUUUUUCAUUAUUCAGCUUUUAUACUUUUAUUUCUAACAAUCUUUCAACAUAUGAUUUAAUGCUGAUUUACAGGAAAUGCUUAAUCUGAUAGCAUACAUACACUUACUAGUUCUUUUACACGCUUUAGUUUAUGAACAAAUCAUGAAAUUAACCUAAAUUUUAUGAAAAUCUUAACUGAGUUAUUUUCUUAGCCAGUGACAGGUGUUGAUAUUUAGUAAUAUUCUGCAGCUAACAAUAUUUGUUUAUUAUAUGUAAUUAUGUCUGAAUUUCUUUCCAUGUCUUGACAUCAUCAAGAUGCACUGAAAUUUCUUUCAAUUUUAUUAUGCAUCAUUUGGGUUGCCAUAACAGAACAUGCACAUGUUUGGGGGGGUAAAACGACUAGGGAGUUCAUUAAUUAAAGAUUUGCUGCAUUUGGUCCUUGCAAAAAUAUGUGCUUUGUUUCUCUCAGAAAACUUCUUUUAAAUUUUGUGAAUUGAUUUGUUGUUAUACAGUUUACUGUUUUAAGCAUAAAAUGCUUAAAUUCAGUGCGACAUUUUGCAAUAUUGUUCUUUAAAAUUAAGUUUGGGAAGUUUUUGUAAUGUAAAGUUAAUUAACUCUUUCGUAUCGAGAGAGAGCAAAAUCUCUUUUCCCCAAACAUUGAAAAUGCCCAUGUCUAUGAAUUUUUCCUGGAAUGCCUUUCCUUCCCCCAUGACAAAUUGAAUACUACAGCGCUAACCAUAACCUACUUAAGUAAAGAAGAACUUCUUUCUUGGACGCUUUCACCCUGUGUGAAGUUUCCCCUUGGGACAGGACUUGCAACUUUCGGCAUCAAAAGCUAAACAUUGACAGUAAACAAAGAAAAAAGAUGGUGCAUUAAAAUAACAGAACUACUUUUAGACGCUUCAAAAGAAUGAUUGGCAUGUCAUUUAAUAACACCUGAAAGCAAUGCAGUAACGUGAUGGGGGAAAGCACUAGGUAUGAAAUAAUUCAGGCAUUUCGGGCAUCCAGCGAAUGCUUGGGCAUUUGGGGCAACUUUGAUGUUGAAAGAGUUAAUCUUAUAACACCUUCUAGGGACUGACAAAAGUAUGCUGCAUAAAAUAAAAAAAUAAUUUGUUCAUAAAGUAUUUCAUUAAAUCCUCAGGUAACCAAGAAAUUGUUAUUGUAGUUUAUAUGCAUAGUAGUAGUUUAAAUAAAUAAUCAAGUAAUUAAAAUUUCAUUAAAUAAAACCUCCUAUUUAGGCAUUUCUGCUUAAUAUAACUUUUAAAAAAAUAUGAAUUAUAAAACAAUUAAUUAUAUCUUGGGAAAAAAUAUAUAAUUAGUAAAUAAUUGUUUUGAGCAGAAAAGAGAGUACUUCUGAAUGAGCGGAAGUACUUUGGAUAAAAUCGUUCAUGCUGAGUUCUACCAAAUGUCACUCAGAGUGGUGAUUUACCUCAUUUGAAGGCAAGACUUAUAUGAUCCUGUCUUGAACUUCAAAUUAUUAGUUUUUAUGAUAUUUUGAAGAGUGGUAGAAAGAGAUGAUCAGUAAAAAGAGCAACAAAACAUGGCUUUAGGGAAUUUGCUAUAUUUUUGCAUAAAGCACAGGCACUUGAAGCAGAAGUUGAAUGCAAAUCUAUUAUUCAUCUCAAGAGAGUGAAAGAACUGAAUCAUUAUAAAAUGAUACUUAUUUUUAAUUUUGAAGAAUGCUUAAAUAUGGUGUAAAACCAUUUAAACUUGAUUCUAUAUAUUUUGUGAAAAGUGAGUGUGCAUAAUUGAACUUAUAUUUUUUAAAAUUUUCUAAUUGUAAACUGGAAUUACAUGCAAGAGAAGUUAGUCCCUGUAGAAGAUCGUUAUAAUGUGAUUAUAGCUGAUCAGUGGACUUUUAUGUUGAGAGAAAAACUACCUUUGUCGAAUGGGACAUUGGUUUUGACUUUCUUUUGCAAUGUUUUAUUACAUUGAAGUUUGUAUCAAUGUGAAUCGACUGUAUUAUUGCUGAAAGCAAGCUUUUAAAAUUAUUAGGAAAAUUUAAUAGCUACUUCAUGCAGUAAGGUAUGUUACUUGGUAUAUUAAUCUUUAUUCAUAUUUUAAUUAUAAAGCUGGUAAUGAAAUGUUUGAAUAAAUAUAUCUGAGUGAUGAAGGAUGCUAAGUGUACUAAUUUCUAGUUUUCAGCAAUGUAGAAAGCUUCUUUCUUACUACAUUUAGCAUUUAUCUUCCAUUCGUAUCUCCUAAAAAUAAAGGAAAUAAACCGUUGUCAGCAUUUAUGGAAAAAGUAUUGUGCUUCUGAAAGUCUUCCUAACAUUUGUCUACCUGACUUCUAACUUUUCACAAAAGAUUUUUAUCCACACUUUGCAGUAAGUCAUUAUCAUUUAACCACUUUAAUUUAAAAAUGACUUAUUUAUUACUGUUUUGUCUUCAAAAUAUAUAUAUAAUUAUAUAAAUUGUAUCUCUCAGAAUGCCAGGCCCCUCUCUUGUAUUUAAUGUAUGUGUUUACAUAUUAUUCUUAUUUAAUUUUAUAAGAAUAUGCUUUUGUGUAUCAAUAUUCAUUAGCAGUCUGUUGGACUUUGUAUCCUACCUAUACAAAUAACAAUACUGUGUGGCACAGAAGAAAUAUUCAGUAUAUGUUCCAUAAUUUAUAGAAAGGACAUAUCAACAGUUAUGCACAAAAUGAACAUUAUAAAUAUAGUGCAGUUUUUUGUAUGAAAUAAAGAUGUGAAUUUUUGUAAUGUAGAUUUAUUACUAUUUUCACUUUCCCAUAUCAAUCUGUUUAGUAUUUUACUACACAAUAAAAUUAAUUUUCUGCUG